AUGCCCCCGCCUCCAACGGUCGAACAAGAUCCCUUGACCAACCCAGGAAGAGAGGACCCUGACAGCGGUGACGAGCUUGACGAUUUUGAUAAUGCCAGCGACAUCAUCGCGAUCAUCGAGCAAGAAGAUCCCGAGCCCCGAGAGCCAUCAUCCGAGGAUGAUGGUCGUCGAGCGGCCAUUCUACAUCGAGCUGGAAACGAGCUGCUAUGGCUGUGUCGCCACGAAUCGGAUGAACGUGAACGUGAUCUUGCUGAAGCUGAACAGGAAACUGACAAUUCCGUUGUUUCCGAUACGACAGCGUCAAGCACAGCACCAGAUCCCAUUUCCAGCGUUGAAGUCCUCUCAAGACACUUCUCUUGCCUGGCCCUGCCUGAGCGCCUAGACAAAGCCACCCAGCUUCUCAAACGAGCUGCUGAGGGCACUGCCCCCGAAGACCGGUGGGACAAAAUGCGUCGCCUUCGGGACUUCGGCUUAGCGCUGGGAGACAAGUACUAUACGACGUUCUCCAUCAAUGACAUCGAUGCCGCCGUCGAAGCCCAUCGUCAAGUCCUCGAUCUCUUACACCAGUCCUACCAAGCAAACCAGGCGAUCUACCUGAACAAUCACGGGUAUGCGCUGUUCUGGAAGUUUCGGCGUAUCUCGCACCUACGAGACCAUCUCGACGCAGGCAUGAAAGCGUUCGAGGAUGCGGUGGUGGUCGAUGCAACAACCACGAAUCCAGAGCGGCUCUCGCUGCUCUCAGAUUUGGCCGAUGCCGUAGGCGAGAGAUUCCAGAUGACGACCUCGGAAGAAGACCUUGAGAAGCUGGCAGCCACGGUCCGAGAGAUCACUGGAAUGGCUGCCGCCGAAAACGCUACCAAAGCCGUGUACCUGAACCGGCUAGGGAAUGCAUAUCGCAUGCUCUUCGACGUCACAAAGUCCAUCGGGCACUUGGACAAUAGCAUCCAAGCAUACGACUCAACACUUCUGCUCUCUCCUGAGGACGACGUUGGCCGAGAAAUCCCGUUGUCCAGCCUGGGCAUGGCACACUUUGCCCGUUACGAGGGACUCGGCCUUCCAGAGGAUCUGGACAAGGCAAUCGGCGCAUUGCAGCCAGCUGCUGCGCUGGCCGCUGCGAGCGACCAACAACUGUACGGGGAGAUACUGAACAUCCUGGGCAUUGCACUACGAGUACACUUCGAGCUGACUGGAAAUCUCCAUGUCAGCUCGCUGCACAAGGCCAUCGAGACGAACAGAAGACUGCUUGAUCACCUGGGCCACGCCAAAGGCCGAGAGCAAGACGAGGGCAAAACGCAAGAGCGCGCAGCGACCUUGAGCAAUCUAGGUGCAUGCCUCCAGACUCAAUUCGAUGGGAAUGGUCUGCCAGGCACCCUGGAGGAGGCCAUCGCCGUUCAGCGGCAGGCUAUCGACCUGUCGCCGACGACUGAUUCUUCAAGAUCAGUGAGACUUGCUGGCUUGGCAGAAUCCUACAGAAGGCGUUAUGAUCUGUUGGGCAAGAUCGAGGACGUAACCGCUGCCAUACAACUCGGCAAGGAAGCCAUUGCUGUCACGGGACUGGAUAUGCUAUUUCCCAACGAGUUCCCGUUGAUGCUCACCAACCUUGGCCUGGCCUUGGUCAGGCGAUAUGAGGUGCUCGGCGUUGUCGAAGAUCUCGAGGAAUCGAUGGAAUAUUGCAAAUCGGCAGAGGAAGCGUCGCGCGACAAGCCUACGGUGCAUCCCCUCUGCCGCAACAACCGCAGUUACUGCAUGAUUGCGAAGUUCUAUCACUCAGGAGCCGUGGUAGACGUGAACGAAGCGGCCAUCGUGUCUAAGAAGGCCAUGGACCUGGCCUCGCACGAUCAGCGACUUCUGCCAGCCACACACCUCAGGGAUCUGGCUGAAGUGUUGGCCACGAGAUUCGAAUGGAUGGGCAAGCAGAGCGACUUGGACAAAAGCAUUGAGAGCGCGAGCAGAUCCAUGGAGCAGAUCCCUGAAACGCAUCCGCAAUACGCGUUGCAUCUCACCACUCGCGGAAGGGCACUCAUACAGCGUGCAGUUCAUACCAGCUCAGCCCGCGACUUCAACUCUGCCAUAGACCUCCUCCAACAGGCGGGACAACGCCUCACAGAGAAACAUCCCAAAAGAAGUGCAUGCUUGAACAAUCUUGCCACGGCUCUCGGCCUGAGGAGUUUGCUGAUAGGGACGACGGACGAUCUCAACGCGGCUGUCCAGGCUGCGAUGACUGCAACAAAGGCCUUUCCUGGCGACUUCCCCGGCAAAGCUGUCUGCUUGACCAAUCUGGGACAGAUCCUCACGCAGCGAUUCUCGAGAGCAGGAUUGGACGACGACAUUGAUAUUGCGGUCGAGUGCCAAUCGAAAGCGCUAAAGCUGACGGCUAAGAGUCACUGGCGCUACAUCACCAUUUUGGAGAAUCUCUCCUCUGCGCUGCUGAUGCGAUUCCAAAAGCGCCACCACGCGGAAGACGCGAAGAGCCGCACUGAAGACUCGAGAGGAGGCCCCAUGGAAGAUUUGAAGGAGGCGGUUAAGCACUCCAGACAGACCCUGGAACUGUCCCCAGAGACGAGUCCGGAGCGGGCGCGAUAUCUGGCAAAUGCAAGCAGAGCGCUACUGGCAUUGGCAAAGUCCGAUCAUUCCUCGAGCGUCGAAGAUCCGUCCGCCGCCAAUGGUAACUUGGACGAAGCUAUCACGUACAGCAAGGAAGCAGCACGGCUGUCGGUUGGUGAUGAGAGCCAAUCCAGACCAGAAAUACUGCUCAGCUACGCGUCGUCGAGCCGCAUGCUCUCUCAAGCUGUAGAGCUCUUGCCAAGGGUCAUAUCCCGAAGCCUCCUUCGAAGUGAUCAGCAGUUCAUUCUUUCUCAAAUUCCUGGACUUGCAGCAGACGCUGCAGCUCUCGAGAUGCGUGUGAACAAGAGGGCUGAUGAGGCCGUCCGCUUGUUGGAACUCGGACGCGGCGUCAUUGCCGGUCUCUACAUCAACGAGCGUUCGGAGACCGCAGAUGUGGAAGAGGCCCAUCCGGAGCUCGCCAAAAGGUUCAGGGACGUCCAAGAACGUCUCGACAGAUCAGAGGAAGACGUCCUGCUGCCUGAUGUCAGAUCCUUUCUCCAAUCCCAGGCCGCCAGGAGAUAUGACGCAGUCCAAGAGUUUGACCGCAUAGCGGCGGAGAUUCGAGAACAGCCAGGCUUCGACCGGUUCCUACUUGGCCCCGCCCCAGACGAGCUCACGGCUUUGGCGGUAGAAGGGCCCAUUGUCUACUUCAACGUCUCACGCUACGGUAGUACCGCCCUCGUCAUAACAGAAGAGAAAAUCCACGAUCUUCCCCUUGAACGGCUGCGGUACGACGACGUCGUGGCGAAGGCAGAAAAGCUCAGCGAUAUCAGAGACAACGACAGUCUUGUCACACGACGAGUCAACAACGUGGCUUUAGGCAAGAUUCUGCAGUGGCUGUGGGAUAAUGCUAUAGAGGAAAUUCUCCACUUCUUGAACUUUACUAAGGUGCCGGAAUUCGAGGAGAAGUGGCCGAGGAUAUGGUGGAUUCCCGUGGGACUGCUUAGUCUGUUCCCGAUUCAUGCUGCGGGACGUCAGAAAUUGGGUCUGGCCGCACUGGACCGUGUCAUAUCGAGCUAUGCAACGACAGCCAGAUCGCUUGCCCUCUCGCGAGAGAGAAUCUUGGCUCUUGACAAACAGAAGUCCAACGGGGGCGAGGCUCCUCAGCCUCUAGAAGCAUGCCUGGUGAGCAUGAAAACGACUCCUCAGCGAACGGAUCUCAUCCACGCGGAAGCCGAGAUCCAAGCCAUCGCCGAGCUACUCCCCAUCCCAAAGACAGUCUUGGCCCAGCCGACAAAGGAGCAGGUCCUGGAGUCCCUUCGGCGCUGCUCGAUCGUCCACUUUGCGUGCCACGGCGAGAUGCACGCGAACCCGUCCCUGAGCCGCAUCCUCUUCAGCGACUGGGAGGACCACCGCUUCUCCGUGCACGACAUGGCCGGGACGAACCUCGUCCGACAGGCAAGGCUAGCCUAUCUUUCUGCCUGCCACGCCGGCACCAGCAGAGACAUGUUUCUGCUCGACGAGGCCAUGCACAUGACUGGCGCGUGCCAGCUGGCUGGGUUCCCUGCCGUCGUCGGUACGCUCUGGAAGGUGUUGGACGAAUACGCACCGGCCGUCGCCCGUGACGUCUAUGCGAGGAUAUUAGACCAGGGCGGCUCGUUGGACGUUCGUCGAACGGCGCAGGCCUUGCAUUUUGCCGUGCGUGGCGUCCGGUCGCUUUCGGAGAGAGGGCCAAGAGCCAAGCCCAAUCCGAUUGCUUGGGCUCCGUAUAUCUAUGUCGGUGUAUGA